AUGGUUAGACUUUCCCUUUCUUGUCUGCUGUUCUUGGCGGGAAUCGUUGCAGCGGCGACAUCUCCGGACCAGACCUGCGGAGGUUCCAACGCUUACACCUGUCCGGGAUCUCAAUGCUGCAGUCAAUACAGCUGGUGCGGAACAACCGACGCACACUGCGGAACAGGAUGUCAAUCCAAAUUCGGUAAAUGCACAACUGGUUCUAGCAACAGCGGGGGCGGCAGCACCAGCACCAACGGUAGGGUCAGCUCGGAUGGCACCUGUGGCGGCACUGCGGGAUACACCUGCAAGGGAAGUUCUUUCGGAACCUGUUGCAGCCAGUGGGGAUAUUGCGGCAACACAGAUGCUCAUUGCCUCAACUCUUGCCAGUCAAAGUUUGGCGACUGCAGCUCCGUCACCAAUGGCGGCAAAACGGUCAGCCAGGAUGGAGCUUGUGGUGGAACAGGUGGAAACACCUGCCGAGGAAGCACCUUUGGUGACUGCUGUAGUCAAUGGGGAUACUGUGGCUCAAGCACCGAUCACUGCAGCACCGGCUGCCAGUCAUCCUUUGGAACCUGCUCUUCUUCCUCUUCAGGUGGAGGGGCUGCUGCAUCUUCCUCGGCAGCGCAGCCCGCGUCCACUGGCGCCAAGACAAGUCCAGACAACACAUGUGGUGGCUCCAAUGGCUAUACCUGCCCCUCAGGACUGUGCUGGUAA